UAUAGAACCAAUAAAAUCAUUUGGGUCAGAAAGUAACACUAUGAGAAUCUUCGCUUGCUUUUUGAUCAUCCUCCACAUUACGAGAGGACACAAGUAUGAUGCAUAUGAUGCACGCAACUGCGGUAAAUCACAAAUAAAUGCUGCACGAAGUUUAAUGGGAGUAAGAGCCAGACGAUCUUACAUGGCUGAUGCUUCCAAUGACACAAGCAUUGGCGGUGAUUCAGCGAGUCAAGAGUUGGACGAUAACGUCAUUGACAAUGGAGAUAAGGACAAUUUCAUGCAAGAAAAGAUAAUGGGAGGUAAACGAGCUGAAAGAGGUGAACUUCCAUGGGCAGUAUUGCUUCACAUUUGGAAAGAUAAGUAUCAUAUGGGGGCAUGCGGCGGAACGCUGAUUUCAAGACGGCAUGUUAUCACUGCAGCUCAUUGUUUCCGGGCAACGGAGAGCGAAGAUUACUGCAGCACCUCAGACAUGUUCUCACCGGAAUUUGUGAUACACAAUACGGAAGUUUCCAUCGGUGGAACUUGCAGUUUGGCAGGCAGAUUUGGUUGUACUAGGUCAGAUAUUGGUAGAGUCUACAAAAUUGCCCGCGCAUUUUACGAGGAUUAUUUCAAAUUUGGCUGCAGAGGCACUCACGACAUAGCGAUCCUUGAACUGGCUGAGGAUGUGCCAAAAACAAUAAAUCAUGUUUGCCUACCUUUUAUGCACAAAGUAGAGGAAAUAGAAGACCCUUACCUGAAGCUAAGAGUAUUUGGAUGGGGAAGAGAUCCAUUCAACCAUAACAACAAUCUUUCACCUUACUUGCAAAUAACGGAAAUAGGUGCAAAACUACCGGAGUUACUGUGCAAGAAAACGAAUACUUUCAAAGCAAAAGAUACAUUUUGCGUCAAGUCCGGUCAGCAGGAAUUUUGCAAAGGCGACAGCGGCGGAGGAGUAACAGCAACGAUUCGUGGAAGAAAUUACUUGAUGGGGGUUGCUAUUAUGGGACCUCCUUGUGAUAUGGUUGCUCGAAAUGUUAAAGGUCGUUUUCAUCCACAGAUCUGCACUGACAUCAUGUACUACAAGAAGAUGAUCAAAACAUGGAUUCGGGCAAAAAGAAGUAGAAGGCCUAAAGUUGCAAAUCCGUAUAAAUCCAUACGAUAUAGAAAGCCCCAUCGUUUGCUUGAACCAGACUUGAACGAUCUAUUUGGUAGCAUUCUUCGUCUACCCAAAUUUAAACCAUUCCUGAUGUUUUGAUGAUGCUACGCUUGUUGUUAGAUGAAAUCUCUGAAGAUACAAGCACUACAUCAUAUGCAACAAUUCUUUCUAUUCAAUGCAAACGCUAUUCAAAUAAAUAAGAAAAAUAGCUC